UGUGUGAGUCAGUGCUGUGGAGAGCAAAGCAGCUACAGAGACAGCAGCAGCAGCGUGAGGCACGUUUUCUCACAAGCAUCAACAGCACAGAGGAGUGGGAUGACAGCGCUCAGUCGCUAAGCAGGAGGAGGAAGUGAGCACGCCAUAUACAAAAAGAGCGGGGACGAAGUGGACGCCAGUAGACGGAGCCAGGAAGGCAAAUCACAGCUUCUUUUUAAGGGCCUCUUUUACCCUGCUAAGCAAACUGAUCGAGAACUGUGAUUAUUUUAACUACACAAGAGGAAGAGGAAGUUUACGGAUAGAUCUCGGAGACUCAGCGUAGUACAGGGAUGUCCUGGUUGUCUCCAGUCCAGUGGGCCAAAUGGACAUGGUCUGCAGUGACUGGGAGUGGAGGAGAGGACGGGCAGCCAGGAUCUAAGGAAGAUGGAGAGGACAAUUCGGACUCCGAGGGCACCUUUGAGACCCCAGAGGCAGAGUCUCCAGGUGUUGUGAAGCUUCUGACACAACUGGACAACUCCAACCAAUCAGUUCUUCCCAAUGUCACAAACCACUUCCUGGACAAGAACUCCAAUCAGAAUUUGUGCACUGUUUCAUCUCAAGAAGUUGAUUCCCUGAACAACCUCACUGGCUCCUCACAAAACGGCAGUAACUUUGGUUUGGACCAGAACCUCAACCUGACCCUCAGCAGCAAAUCCAGUCCUGGUGAGGGUCUCUCCCCAUCCAGCCCUCUCCCUCAGCUUCAAGUCCAGCGGCCCCCGACGCUGUCCGUUCUCUCCUCACUGAAUAAACCAGAUCCUUCAGAGGUGGACGAUGAGGCUCCGCUGACAUCUGACUCCAGCCCAGACUCCAACUUGAUCUCCAAUCAUGGAAUCUGCGUGGAUCCUGAUUUACUUAACGGCAACAUGAACUCGAACUCGAAACACAGCCCAAUUAUUACGAACUCUUGUAAAGUGCAGCAGAGCCAGCCCAUUCAAAAGGAUCUCAGCACACAGGAUGAACAUCACAGAGACCUCGCCACAGAUGAAGAGAAGUUGGCAAGCAGCGUCGGUGUCAAACCAGACAAGGACGAAAGCAGUCGUGACUGCCAUGUGUCAUCAAAACCUGAGGACUCUGACUGCUGCUCUGUGUUUGAGGACUCAUGCAAGCUAAAGAACAAGUCUGGGGGAAGUGGCAUGCAGAAAACAGGAAGUCAGGUCCUGGAUUCAAUCUGCAUCAGUGAGGCUGAAAAAGAGGCUGUUCUCACCCUCAUCAGAGAGGAGAUCAUCACUAAGGAGGUGGAGGCCAGCGACUGGAAGAAAAAAUAUGAGAGCAGCAAACAAGAAGUAGCUGAAAUGAGAAAAAUUGUUGCAGAAUAUGAGAAGACAAUCGCUCAAAUGAUCGAGGACGAGCAGCGCAGCAGCCUGAGUUCCCAGAAGGCUUUGCAAGCUGUAACAGCGGAGAAGGACGCAGCUCUGGGAGACCUGAACUCGGUGGAGCGCUCUCUCUCUGACUUGUUCCGGCGCUACGAAAAUAUGAAGAGCACCCUGGAGGGCUUUAAGAAAAAUGAGGAGGUGCUGAAGAAGUGUGCUCAGGAGUAUCUGGCCAGAGUCAAACAGGAAGAGCAAAGAUACCAAACUCUAAAACUGCAUGCUGAAGAGAAACUGGACAAGGCCAAUGAGGAGAUCGCUCAGGUGCGUGCAAAAGCGAGCUCAGAGAACACGGCACUCACCGCCAGCCUGAGGAAGGAACAGAUGAAGAAUGAGUCUUUGGAGCAAAGUCUGCUGCAGAAGAAUCAAGAGAUUGAGGAGCUUACAAAGAUUUGUGAUGAGCUGAUUGCCAAAAUGGGAAAAAUAGACUGAGAGACACAUUCUGUGAAUCUGCAUCCUCUGUCCCUUCUGUUCUGGGCUGCCCUGUGCAUGUCCCCUUGCAUCAGAGACUGCUCUGUACAGAUGUCAAAUAUUACUUCAUAUCUACUAAACUUGCACUACUUGUGACCAGAAUCAAAGAGAUUCUGUACAUUUGAACUGUCAUUUGAGUUGAGAGCAUACUAAAUGUCUAAAAUCAUGCUGUUUUGUCUGCAUUUCUGCCCACAAUCAGGCCAUCUGAACCUCUACCGUCCAUCAUGCCAGCAAACAACAACCUGCUUGUGAUUGAAAUUCCCAGCAGCUUAACAGCUAAAUUCCCAGCAGCCUCUUGCACAGGAUGACAUCAUGCAGGGGUGGGGGUGGGGGUGGCGUUGCUACAGUGAGGCAUAGAGUAUAUAAUGAAGGGCCUUUACAAGGAUUGUUCUCCAUUAAAGAAACAACCCAUGAAAUGCAUAUUUUUAUGAAGUAAACAAGAAGAGCUCAGGGGCAUUGUGUAGAGCAGGAUGAGGAUAAUCAGCUGUCAAAUAUCUGAAGGAAAGGAUUUGGAAUUGUUUAAGGAAACAGUCAUCCAUGGAGGCCUUAGAUGGUUCAGCAGUGACACUGAAACCAGAAUGAGUCAGGACCACGUUAUCAGUGAAACUACAGCUGCAAAUUCCCAGCAAUAGCUUUACCCGCUCGACAGUUUGCACAGAGAAUCAUUCACUGCUGGGUAUAACAACCUGACAGUCAUAGACUCAGCUGUGGCUGUGUCUGCUUUGUAUCACUGUGUUGCUUGAUCUUCAAAAUCAGCAAAGAGACAAUGUUUAAGUGAAAAGUUUGCGAAAAAUCAAACUAAAUGGUAACUUUACUGUGUUAACAAAACCAACUGGAACAAGUUUAGACAAAGAAACUGUAGAUUUGGAAAAGAUAUAUAAACUGUUUUAAGUUUUAAAGUACUGCAAUAUAUCAAAUCUAACUUUGUUUUAUUAUUACUUUGUCACAUAUUGAGAGUUCACUAAAGAAUAAUAUUGGCAGACAUUUUUUUCUUUUGCUUAUAUGUGGACCAUGAGUGUUUACAGCACAGCUAGAGCUAUUGCUCAGAAAAAAAAAACUGUUUUUGCAUGUUUAAUUUCAUAGCUUCUCUCAGAUAGCAGAUGCACUAAACUGUGUUGCUUUAGUAUUGAUUUAGGAGGCUUUGGCUUGGGACUAGGUAUCAAUGAGUAUGUUUCAGAACUGGUGCCAGUAUAAUACUGAAGUUAUGUCUGAUGGAAAAAGAAAGCUUCUUCAUUCCUUUCUACUAUACAGUUUGACUAAACAGAUAUAUCUCCAUCACUUUGAUUUUUAAACUGGAUAUUUGUGGUCAAAUCAACUGAAAUAAUCUGGCUGAGAAUUUAGCUGUAAUUUUUGGUACUUGUCAGUUCUAUCAAGUCAGUGACUACUGAAAGAAGUUUUAAUGUUUGAUACCCAGCCUCUUUAUCACUUGUACAUCCUCUUAACUCAUACCCACAGCCGUGUCACACGUUCUACCUGUGCCAUUCUAAUCUCAUGUCAUGUAUUGUUACUUAGCUGCUUUUCUUUGUUUUAUGAAAUAUUGUUUUGCCACUUUAACCUUUUCUUUUGUUCAUGUUUUGUACUGAAUAUUUAAAUUAGAAGUUACGAUAUCUCACACGUGUCAAUACAUUGAGAAACACAGCGAGUGUGUGUGUACAUUUGACUGGUUAUGAAUAAAUGUAAUUUCCUAA